AUGUUCAAGCGUAAUAAACCCGAGUUUUUGCGCCGCUAUGUGUCAAUGGAUGACACAUGGCUCCAUCAUUUCACACCAAAGAUCAAUCGACAGUCAGCCGAGUGGACUGCACACGAUGAAACCGCUCCAAAACGUGGAAAAAUUCAACAGUCGUCUGGAAAAGUUAUGGCGUUUGUAUUUUGGGAUACCUUGAAAAAGAAAAGACUAUCAGCAGCGACUAUUAAAUUAUCGGACCAUUUGAAGGUCAAAAUCGUCGAAAAACGGCCACAUUUGAAGAAAAAGAAAGUGCUGUUUCACCAAGACCAUGCACCGUAUUACAAUUCAGUGAAAACGACAGCAAAAAUUCAAGAAUUGAGCUUCGAAUCGGGUCUAUACCCACCGUAUUCUCCAGGUUUGAUCCCAAGCGACUAUGUAUUUGUUCUCAGAUCUCACAUGACUGAAAAAACUGAAAACUAUUUUGAAGCAAAGAACGAAUCGUACGAUAAAAAUGGUAUCGAGAAGUUGGAGGGUCGUUAUAGUCAGUGCAUCUCCCUUGAAGGGAAUUUUGUUGAAUAA